UCGGUGCAUGCAUGCAUGCAAGUAAACUCUCUUAUAACAACAGAGAAAGCAGAUAAGUAUCCUAAUUCUUCCAAUCUUCAAAGAAGGCAAAAUAUGUCAAAAAAUUUGAUUAAAGAAGGGUCGAAGAAAGUGGGGCGCUUGACAAAAAGUGAAAGGUUUCCUAUACUUGAAGGGCACCCCAUUGGCCAAAAACAUGGAGAAGAAGCAGUGGAGUCAGUUGGGAACCUCAAAAAAGCCAUGAAAUUAAGUGAUAAUAAAGAUAAGAAGAUGAAGGAAUUCAGAAUAUAUAGAUGGAGCCCUGAUAAUCCUAACCAAAAACCCUUUCUUCAAUCUUUCUUUGUUGACCUUCCUUCCUGUGGCCCCAUGGUUCUGGAUGCAUUACAAAAGAUAAAAGCAGAAGUGGAUUCAAGUUUGAGUUACCGGAGGUCAUGUAGAGAAGGGAUAUGUGGAUCAUGCGCGAUGAACAUAAAUGGGGUUAAUACAGUAGCAUGCCUCAAGCCUAUUGAUACAGCUACUAGCAGGCCAAUGACCAUCGCUCCUCUUCCUCACUUGUUUGUCAUUAAAGAUUUGGUUGCUGAUCUCACUGAUUUCUAUCAGCAGUACAAAUCUAUUGAGCCAUGGCUAAAGACACGAAAGCCCCCGCCAGACGGGAAAGAGUACAGGCAAACACCAGAAGAGAGGAAGAAGCUCGAUGGCCUAUACGAAUGUAUAUUAUGUGCUUGCUGCAGUGCGUCUUGCCCUUCUUAUUGGUGGAAUCCUGAGGAGUUCCUUGGACCUGCAGCCUUGAUCAAUACCUAUAGAUGGAUCUCGGACAGUCGAGAUGAUUUUACGAAUGAGAGAUUGCAGGCAAUAACAGAGGACAAAAGGCGUUUAUACCGGUGCAGGGCUAUAGGAAAUUGCACAGCAUGUUGCCCCAAGAGCCUCAGACCUUCUGAUGCCAUAGCCAAGAUGAAGACUAGGCACUUAACUGGGAUAACACUAGAGACUCUAAGCAAUAAUAUGAAGACUAGGCACUAAACUGGGACACUUAACUUGAUAAUACGUGUUCCUUUUUUAGAUGUUCAUUUAGAACUCGAAUUAUAGUUAUAGGCAAUAAGUUAAUGAGGAAUUUAGUAUUACAGUGCUAUUCUAGUAUGCAUUGCAAAGUAUUGUAAGAUUUUUAGUAGGUAGGAGUCUGUUAUAGUUUGGCUUUCUUAUAUAUCUCUCUAUUUUGUGUG